AAGAGUCGAAAGAGGAAAAAUGUUAAAGCCAAAACCAUACAAUAGUGCUAAAAAGAUUGUGGAAGCGCAAGUCAUCGUAGCGAUGCAGAAGCAAGGAUACACUUUGAACGCUGUAAAUAAUUACGAUGAGAAUCUGCUGCACAUAAGCGCGGCGAACGGUUGUCUUGGUAUUGUAAGAGAAAUUUUGGACCAGAAGGAGAACUGCCGUGUCAUAGAUAGAAAGAAUAAAUUUGGAUGGACCCCGUUGAUGCAAGCAAUUCGUAAUGGAAAUAUCGACACUGUGAAAUUGCUCUUACAGAGAAACGCCGAUGUUAAUCAAAUGACUUAUCUCGGCAUGUCGGUCCUUGGAUUAGCCGCUGCGAUCAGUAAGGAGAUGUUCGAAACGGUGUACAACGCCUACCCGGACGCAUUAGCACACACAGCUAACGAUGACAUUACUCCAUUAUGCGUGGCUGCCAUGAAGAACGACAAGGAACUGUUCUUAAGAUUGUUGGAAUUAGGCAUGCCGUCCUCGACUACUAAUAGGUACACUCGUAUUAUGAUGAAGCGUUCCAUAGUACCGGAAAUAGCUGCUCUGGCGAACGAAGAAUUGGCCAUAGAUGACUAUUGGAGUGAUACAUCGGAUAAUAUCGAAAUUAUAAGCGAACAAAAUAUCAACAGUAUGACAGAAGAUUGUUCUAUUUCAAAUGAUGACGAGAAUAAAGGAGAAAAACCCAAGCUGCAUUUGUUACAAUUUCCUGCACUGGAAUUUGGCAAGCAAACUAGCAGAAUAUCACCAAAUUUAACCUAUGAUGUGUUCAUGUUUCCAAAAGCCAAUUUUGAAAAGGACAGUCUUAUAGAAAAAUCAAACAUUUCCAUAGAUGAAAAUGCGAACGAAAAAAGAACGGAAAAUGAUUUGGAAAUGAGUUAUGCGACGGACAAGGAUGAACUUGAAUCAUCUCCAACUGUACUUCAAAG